AUAUAACGUCUUAGUUUGUUGCUGAAAAAGUACACCUUCCCAAUUCUUCUUGAAAAAUGGCAAAGGUUUAUCCCCAAGCGCCACUUUCUUCUUCAUCCCCUGGCAGCUAUUUUACUUCAAAGCAAGAAACAUUCACAGUAUGGAUGAAGUCACUCAUAAUGAAUGGCCAUGGUUGCACUGUUUUUGAUUCUAACGGUCAGAUCCUGUAUCGUGUCGAUAAUUACGACUCUAGAGGUAGAGCUAAAGUUCAUCUUAUGAAUUUGAAAGGCCAGAUCCUAUUCAGCAUACUACGAAAGAAAUCCAAAUUGCUUGGUGUCUGGGAGGGAUACAGAUCCAGUAAUGGUAAAGAGAUCAACUCGAAUGAUACACCCAAUUUUCAAGUUAGGCGAAGAUUUAAAGGCAAGUCAGCAUGUAAAGUCAUAGUGGGACUUGAUAAGAAUCAAAUACAGCAAUACAGAAUAGAGAGCUGGAGUGAUGGAAAGUCAGCCUGCAAGAUAUUAGACGAGUUUGGACGACUUGUUGCAGAGGCAAAGAGAAAGCAGUCAACAUGUGGAGUGGUACUAGGAGAAGAUGUCUUGACACUAGUGGUAGAGCCCUUCAUCGAUCACUCUCUUAUUGUAGGGCUUCUUGUUGUGUAUGGUCUCAUCAACCAUAGAUUGUGAUUCAGUGAAAACAAAUCAGUAACUAAUUUAACUAGUUUUUGAGUCUCCAAUUAGGUUAGUCAUUCCCCUCUAAGUAUUUAUCCCUUGAAAACCAAGGACUAAAUUAAGAUUAAUUUUAAUUAACUAUUGUCAGUUGAGAUGCUUGGCUAGCUA